GCCAGUGUUCAGUUGUCUCCAGGUGUCCCUAAGGCUUGGCACUGAUCCCUUCCUGGCUGCGGGAUGGUGGCUGCCCUGUGGGGCUUGCUGCUUUGGACCCUGCUGCUGCGUUUGGUCCACAGCGAGCUGUACACACCCAUCCAUAAGGCUGGCUACUGCACUUUCUACGAAGAGUGUGGGAAGAAUCCAGAGCUUUCUGGAGGCCUCACAUCACUAUCCAACAUAUCCUGCCUGUCCAACACGCCAGCCAGACAUGUCACAGGGGACCACCUGGCCCUCCUGCAAGGCAUAUGUCCCGGCCUCUACAAUGGCCCCAACACCACUUAUGCCUGUUGCUCCGUCAAGCAGCUUGUGUCGCUGGAGAGGAGUAUGUCCAUCACGAAGGCCCUCCUCACCCGCUGCCCUGCCUGCUCGGACAACUUCGCCAGCUUGCACUGCCACAACACUUGCAGCCCCAACCAGAGCCUCUUCAUCAACGUCACCCGCGUGGUCCCGAAGGAGCCAGACCAACCCCCUGCCGUGGUGGCCUACGAGGCCUUCUACCAGCGCAGCUUCGCGGAGCGGGCCUACGAGUCGUGCAGCCGGGUCCGGAUCCCCGCAGCCGCCUCGCUGGCCGUGGGCAGCAUGUGCGGCGUGUAUGGCUCCGCCCUUUGCAAUGCCCAGCGCUGGCUCAACUUUCAGGGCGACACGAGCAACGGGCUGGCUCCCCUGGACAUCGCCUUCCAUCUCUUGGAGCCUGGCCAGAGCCCGGGGAGCGGGAUACAGCCUCUGAGCGGGGAGAUCACGCCCUGCAACGAGUCCCGGGGCGAGGGCAUGGCGGCCUGCUCUUGCCAGGACUGCGCCGCAUCCUGCCCGGUCAUUUCCCAGCCCCAGCCCCUGCGCCCCUCCUUCUACAUGGGUCAGAUGCCAGGCUGGCUGGCCCUCAUCAUCAUCUUCACCGCUGUCUUCGUCGUCCUCACCGCCGUCCUCGUCCGCCUCCGUGUGGCUUCCAGCGAAGCCAAAGACAAGACAGCAGCGCCCGCCGCCGAGCCCAGGCCCUCUCGCCAGCGCAGCCUCUCCCCCCACAACGUCCUGGACAGGUUCUUCCAGAGAUGGGGCACCAAGGUGGCCUCGCGGCCAGUCACGUUCUUGGUGGUGUCCCUCCUGGUUGUGAUAGCCUUGGGAACGGGACUGAGCUCCCUCAAACUCACCACAGACCCUGUGGACCUGUGGUCAGCCCCCAAGAGCCAAGCCCGCAAGGAAAAGGCUUUCCACGACCAGCAUUUUGGGCCCUUCUUCCGAACCAACCAGGUUUUCCUGACGGCUCCUAACCGGUCCAGCUACAGAUACGACUCCCUGCUGCUGGGGCCUAAGAACUUCAGUGGGAUACUGUCCCUGGACUUGCUCCUGGAUGUACUGGAGCUGCAGGAGAGGCUGCGACACCUGCAGGUGUGGUCUCCCGAGGCUCAGCGCAACAUUUCUCUGCAGGAUAUCUGCUAUGCUCCCCUCAACCCACACAACGCGAGCCUCUCUGACUGCUGCGUCAACAGCCUCCUGCAGUACUUCCAGAACAACCGCACACUGCUGCUGCUCACCGCCAACCAGACGCUCAUGGGCCAGACUUCCCAGGUGGACUGGCGGGACCACUUCCUCUACUGUGCUAAUGCCCCCCUCACCUUCAAAGAUGGCACAGCCCUGGCCCUGAGCUGCAUGGCUGACUACGGGGCUCCUGUCUUCCCCUUCCUUGCCAUUGGGGGGUAUGAAGGGACAGACUACUCUGAGGCAGAGGCUCUGGUCAUGACCUUCUCUCUCAAUAACUAUCCUGCUGAGGAUCCCCGACUGGCCCAGGCCAAGCUCUGGGAGGAGGCCUUCUUAAAGGAAAUGCAAGCCUUUCAGGAAAUGACAGCUGACAGGUUCGAGGUGGCAUUCAUGGCUGAGCGUUCUCUGGAGGAUGAGAUCAACCGCACCACAAUCGAAGACCUACCCGUCUUCGCCACUAGCUACCUUGUCAUCUUCCUGUACAUCUCCCUGGCCUUGGGCAGCUAUUCUAAAUGGAGCCGAAUUGUGGUGGAAUCCAAGGCCACGCUGGGCCUGGGUGGAGUGGCUGUGGUGCUGGGGGCAGUCUUGGCUGCCAUGGGCUUCUUCUCCUACCUGGGAGUGCCCUCGUCCUUGGUCAUCAUCCAAGUGGUACCUUUCCUUGUGCUGGCUGUGGGAGCUGACAAUAUCUUCAUCUUCGUCCUUGAGUACCAGAGGCUGCCUCGGAAGCCUGGGGAGCAGCGAGAGGCCCACAUCGGCCGUGCCCUGGGCAGCGUGGCUCCCAGCAUGCUGCUGUGCAGCCUUUCAGAGGCCAUCUGCUUCUUUCUAGGGGCCCUGACCCCCAUGCCAGCCGUGCGGACCUUUGCCCUGACCUCUGGCCUGGCAAUUAUCUUCGACUUCCUACUGCAGAUGACUGCCUUCGUGGCUCUCUUUUCCCUGGACAGCAAGAGGCAGGAGGCCUCCCGUCCCGACAUCUGCUGUUGCCUUGCACCCCGAAAGCUGCCCCUACCUAACCAAGAUGAGGGGCUCCUGCUCUGUUUCUUCCGCAAGAUAUAUGCUCCCUUCCUGCUGCACCGGAUCACCCGCCCUGCAGCGAUGCUGCUGUUUCUGGCCCUGUUGGGAACAAAUCUUUACUUCAUGUGCCAAAUUAGUGUGGGAUUGGACCAGGAGCUGGCCCUGCCCAAGGACUCAUACCUGCUUGAGUACUUCCUCUUCUUAAACCGCUACUUUGAGGUGGGGCCUCCGGUGUACUUCGUCACCACUUCAGGCUACAACUUCUCCAGUGAGGCGGGCAUGAAUGCCAUCUGCUCCAGUGCAGGCUGUAACAGUUUUUCCCUCACCCAGAAGAUCCAGUAUGCCACUGAGUUUCCUGAUAAGUCAUUCCUGGCUAUUGCUGCAUCCUCCUGGGUGGAUGACUUCAUUGACUGGCUGACACCAUCUUCUUGUUGCCGCCUUUAUUCCUUUGGCCCUAAUAAGGAUGAGUUCUGUCCUUCAACUGAGAACUCCUUCAUCUGCUUAAAGAACUGCAUGAGCUUCACACUGGGCCCUGUGAGGCCUACAGCAGAGCAGUUUCACAAGUAUCUUCCCUGGUUCCUGAGCGAUCCGCCCAACAUCAAAUGUCCCAAAGGUGGUCUGGCAGCAUACGGCACCUCUGUGAAUUUAGGUCCAGAUGGCCAAGUUAUAGCCUCCCAAUUCAUGGCCUACCACAAGCCACUGAGGAAUUCACAAGAUUAUACAGAAGCUCUACGGGCAGCCCGGCUGCUUGCAGAAAAUAUCACAGCUGACCUGCGGAAGGUGCCUGGGACAGACCCAGAGUUUGAAGUCUUUCCCUACACGAUUUCCAAUGUGUUCUAUGAGCAGUACCUGACCGUUCUCCCUGAGGGCAUCUUCACACUCGCCAUCUGCUUUGUGCCCACCUUUCUCGUCUGCUACCUCCUGCUGGGGCUGGACCUGCGCUCGGGCCUCCUCAACCUGCUCUCCAUCAUCAUGAUCCUCGUGGACACCAUUGGCCUCAUGGCCAUGUGGGGCAUCAGCUAUAACGCCGUGUCCCUCAUCAAUCUGGUCACGGCAGUGGGAAUGUCUGUGGAGUUUGUGUCCCACAUCACGCGUUCCUUCGCUAUCAGCACCAAACCUACGCGGCUGGAGAGGGCGAAGGAGGCUACCAUUUACAUGGGCAGUGCGGUGUUUGCUGGGGUGGCCAUGACCAACCUGCCAGGCAUCCUCAUCUUGGCUGUUGCCAAGGCCCAGCUCAUCCAGAUCUUCUUUUUCCGCCUCAACCUCAUAAUCACCCUGCUGGGCCUGCUGCAUGGCCUGGUCUUCCUGCCGAUUGUUCUCAGCUACCUCGGACCUGAUGUUAACCCCGCUUUGGUGCCGGAGCAGAAACAAGCUGAGGUGGCAGCAACGGCCCCAGCGCCCUCCUCCCCUCUCGAAGCACCCACUAACAUCUAUGAGAAUCCCGGCUUCGAAGAGUGGGCUCCAGGAGCUGGUGCCAUUAUCAGCUCUUUGCCCCAAAAUGGGCAAAAGUUUUGAUGGAGUCAGAACCACCGACUUUCAUAAUGGUGUCUUGGCUCCAUGAUUUUUGCUGAGGAGCCAUGAGGUUCUCCUCAAAAGUGUCCUUUAACACAACUCAGGGCCUACGGGAAGCUGUUGUAGAAAAGCGGUCAUCACUUUGGCCAUAAGAUGUCCAUCAGCACGGGCUGUGUUUGUACCAGGUCCCUUAGAUCUUGGUUGGUAUGAGAUUAUCUUCUUGUGGCCCAGAGUCCGGGAGCUGCCAAAGCCAAACUCUUCAUGUUUGCCCACUCAGACUGGGUAUCUACUUCGUACCGAGCUUUUAAUUCCUUUCGUUCUCUUAUAAAAGUAUUGUGAGGGAAAGGUGGCUUAGUAGUUAAGGUGCUUGCCUGCAAAGCCUAAGAACUUAUGUUCAAAUCUCUAGGUCCCAUGUAAGCCGGACUCACAAUGACACAAGCA